AGGAAGCGACUGGGGCUGCCGCGCGGGCGGCCGCCGACGCGCGCGCGCCAUGCUGCCGCCGGACCAGGACCAGACGUUCCGGGACCCCUACGACGGGCACCACGACGCGCGGCAGCGCGGCUCGUCGGCGGGCCUCCUCGAGGAGUCGCUGCCUGUCACGGGCGAGAGCCCGCCCGUGGGCGGCGGGCGGAGUACGAUGAGCCGGACUAGGGGCGGGGGCCUGGACACGCUCAUGCGCGAGUGCGGCCUGCCGCCCGAGGACCCCUGGCUCCGCGAGCCCCACGGCUUCCUCGUCAAGCCCGACUUCAAGCGCCACGAGCAGAGCCGGAGCCACUACGAACGCGACGACGCGGUCGUCGGCAGCCAGCGCCGCGGCUCCAAGGAGCAGGCGUCCAACGCCGGCGUGCUCGCGUCCGUCAUCGGCAUGGCGAGCCGCGGCGGCUUCCACCGGCGCUACUUCCGGCUCGAAAAGAACGAGCUGUCCUACUACCGGGGCCUCACGGACAAGGCGCGCCUCGGCGCCGUGAAUUUGAGGGAUGUCGAGGACGUGCGCCUGAGCCGCGUCGAGGACGCGCCGAGCCACGCCCUGGACUUAGUAGCGGCGGACCGCGUCUUCACCGUCGGCGCGGACACGCGCGCGGAGCUCGCGAGGUGGGCGCUCGCGAUCUGCAGCCGCAUCGCGGAGCUCGAGACCGCGGACGCGCUGGCGUCGAACCAGCACGUCGCCUGCUGGAAGCCGCUGGACGACCGCUACGAGCGGCCCUGCGAUCUGUCGCUGCGGCUCGCGCGGGCCGUCGGCGCGGAGGAGAACGGCUGGGAGCACGGCUUCGCCGUCGUGCUCGAGUGCGCCGGCGCGGCCGAGAACCGGCGCGGCGGCGUCCGCGCGGGCGACGUGCUCGUGGGCGUCAACGACGAGUGUUUUGAAGGUUACGACGCGGCGCUCGAGGCGCUGGCGGCGGCGGCGUUCCCCUGCACGCUGCGCCUGCUCCGCGACGUCGGCAAGUCGCACGUGAUCUGCGAGGGCUGGGCCUUCGUGGACGGCCGCUACCGCUACGCGGAGCUGACGCGGGCGGAGCUCGUCGCGACGCGGCCCGCGCCGGGCCGGCGCCUGGCGCCGCGGCAGGACCGCGCGAUCAACCUGGCCGCGGUGUCGACGCUCGUGACGCGGUCUGACGACGACGAGGGCACGUGGGAGGUGCUCGUGGAGCUCAACGGCGACCCCAACGACGUCGUCGCGCUGCGGCUCGCGUCGGCCGGGGACCGCGACGCCUGGACCGAGGCCAUCUCCGCCGCGCGCGCGCCGACGCCCAUCGGCGUCCGCGACGCGCCGCGCGCCGAGACCCUCGAGGCGACGAGCCCCUACGGCCCCAUGGUCGGCGGCGACGACGGCGGCGGCGCGGACGCGCUGGCGCCCCACGACGAGCCGCCGCCGCCGCCGGGCGCGGGCGGCGCGGGCGAGCCGCCGCGGGUGCCGCGGCGGCCCGCGCGGCUGCCGCGCGACGAGACGACGCGCGGCUGGGUCGCGCUCGGCGGGCGCCGCGUCUUCGGCGUGCUCGCCGAGGGCCGGCGCCGGCUCUACUACUUCGACGAGGAGCCGGAGGGCGACGAGGCCGCGCCGGCGGGGCGCGUCGAGCUCGACGGCGCGCGGCCCUCGCUGCGGUCGAACCCGGCGGCGCUCGAGCUCCUCUUCGAGGACACGACGAAGCCGCCUUUGAGCGUCGAGCCCGAGCGCGACGCCCACCUCUGGCACACCCUCGUCGCGGACCUCGCCGACGCGGACACGUCGAAGCGCUUCCCGGCGCUCGCGCUCGAGCUGCGGGCGUCGCGCGACGACGUGCUCAUCCUCCUCGGGGACCUGCGGUUCUGCAUGAUCGUCAAGCAGGGCGGCGAGACCUUCGCGGGCAAGUGGGCCCACUGCUACGGCGCCAUCGAGCGCGACGAGCUCCGCCUCUACAGCUACUCGCGGCCGAACCUGUCCAUGGUCAAGAGCCCGCUGGCGCUCGGCCGGCUCCUCUCCGCGAAGCCCCUCGCGGAGACGCCGCACCGCUUCGAGCUCGAGAUCGCCGACGUCACGGCGCCGAGCGGCAAGGUCGCCUUCCGCUUCGAGGCGCCGACCGUGUCAUCGGACAGGCGUUCUUCGCCUUCGCGCCCGACGCGUCCCUCUUCUUGCAGUUCUUGCUCUUCUUGGACACGUAGGCCUCGCACGUGUUCUUGCUCUUCUUGAAGAACCAACUCGCGGAGUCCUCGCAGACGGCGCACUCGCCGCACGUCGCGGGGCACCUGCGCGCGCGCGUCGGGGCCGACGGCGGCGCGGACGCCGAGAACGCGCGCGUGCUUUCCCUUGACCCCGAAUUCGUCCUUCUUCUUGCAGUUCCGCGCCUUCUUCGACGCGUACUUCUCGCAGGUGUUCUUGCUCUUCUUGUAGUGCCUAAAGAAACGCAUGAAAACAACGUAAAACUUCGCCGGACCUCACCAGCUCGUCGAGUCCGCGCACUCGGAGCCCGCGGCGCAGGAGCCGAGCCGGUCGUAGUGGUAGAGCGUCGCGUCGUGGCCCUCCCCGCAGGUCUCGCAGAGCGACGCGUAGGCGGCCUGCGUCGCCUCGUCGUCGCCCGUCGUCGCGUAGAGCUCCGUCAAGUACGAGAGCGCGCCGCCUGCGAGCGGCGUCGGCGACGAUGU